AUGUCUGCCCAGAUUCCCGCACUUGUCGCGGACCGCGUCAGUGAUAAGGCCAAGAAGACGCUUGAUAUUGUUGCAAAGUUUGUCGAGGAGGAAUGUAUCCCAUCCGACCCCGUCCUCGAGGCACAGAUCGGCGAGGGCGCGAAGCGAUGGGACCACCACCCAGCAAUUGUCGACGACCUGAAGGAGAAGGCAAAGAAGCUCGGGCUUUGGAAUAUGUUCUUCCCCAAGGGUCACUAUAAGGAGUCUCCCGGGUUUACAAACCUCGAGUACGGUCUCAUGGCAGAGUGGCUUGGCAAGUCCAGAGUGGCCUCCGAAGCCUGCAACUGCGCUGCCCCCGAUACGGGUAACAUGGAGGUAUUGGCCAAGUAUGGCAAUGAGGAACAAAAGGCAGAAUGGCUCCGGCCUUUGAUGGACGGCAAGAUCCGAUCUGCCUUCCUCAUGACAGAGCCAGACAUUGCCUCAUCGGACGCUACCAACAUCCAACUCAACAUCAGAAGGGAAGGCAAUGAAUAUGUCCUCAAUGGCUCGAAAUGGUGGUCCAGCGGAGCUGGCGACCCGCGAUGCAAGAUCUACAUUGUCAUGGGCAAGACCGACUCUAGCAACAAGGAUGUCUACAAGCAACAGUCGGUCGUGCUGGUACCGGCAAACACAAAAGGCAUCACGAUCCACCGCAUGUUGUCUGUUUACGGAUACGAUGAUGCACCUCACGGCCAUGGUCACAUUACCUUCAAGGAUGUCCGAGUACCUGUGAAGAACAUUGUUCUGGGCGAGGGCCGUGGCUUUGAAAUCAUCCAGGGACGUCUUGGACCUGGACGUAUUCACCAUGCCAUGCGCAGCAUCGGCGCUGCCGAGCGUGCUCUGGAAUGGAUGCUGAUGAGAAUCAACGACCCCCAGAAGACUCCUUUCAAGAAGCAGCUCAAGGAACACGGUGUCAUCCUUGAAUGGGUUGCCAAGUCGCGCAUUGAAAUUGAUGCCGCCCGACUAAUUGUCUUGAAUGCCGCUGUCAAGAUGGACGACCUGGGUCCCAAGGCGACGCUCAAGGAGAUCGCUGAGGCCAAGGUCCUCGUCCCACAGACAACCCUGACUGUCAUUGACCGCGCCGUUCAAGCAUUCGGUGGAGCUGGCGUCAGUCAAGAUACACCCCUGGCAAGCAUGUGGGCGAACAUUAGGACUCUACGUCUUGCUGAUGGUCCGGAUGAGGUUCAUCUUAGUCAAAUGGGCCGCAACGAGAACAAGAGAGGCAAGGCAGUGACGGAAAAGAUCCUUGGACAGAAACAGAAGACGGAGCAAUUGCUCAAGCAAUAUGGCGUGCAGAUGUACCAGCCUGGAUCGCACAUCAAGUCCCGUUUGUAA